AUGGCGGCAGACUACGAGCAGCAGUCUUACUGGCAUGAACGCUUCAGCUCCGAGACUGCCUUUGAGUGGCUUCUCUCCUCGUCGGAUUUCCUGCGCCUCAUCGAUCCCCUCCUCGCCAGCCUCGACCGCUCCUCCGAGAUCCUCCACAUUGGCUCCGGCACCAGCGACCUGCACAACCACCUGCGGCGGCGCGGCUUCCUCCGCGUCACCAACCUCGACUACGAGCCGCUGGCGGCCGACCGCGGGCGGGCGCUCGAGCGGCGCGCCUUUGGCGACGUGCGCCUGCGCUAUGCCGUGGCGGACGCGACGCGGCUCCCGCAGGAUCUCGUGGCCGCUGCAGCGUCAGACGACGACGGUGACGACGACGGUGAUGACGGGCCGCGGUGCGAGUUUCAGCUGGCACUGGAUAAGAGCACCUGCGACGCCGUUUCGUGCGGCGGCGAGGAUGCGCUGCGCAAGAUGUGUGAUGGCGUGUACCAAUGCAUCAGGCCUGAUGGGGCGUGGAUAGCCCUGAGUUUCUCGGCUGACCGGUUCCGGCUGAGCAAUCUGCCGUUUGAAGUCGAGGUGCUAUCCAAGAUACCGACGCCAAAGUCGAGAGCGACAGAUCCAGACGUCUUUUACUGGUGCUACUGCCUAAGACCUAGGUAG